GAUAAUGGGUGAUAGGAUAACCGAUAACAAAUGUAACAUAAAUUGUAUCAAAAUAGUUCACCGUUUUUGAUAAUUAUAUUUGUUGCGACACAAGUUGUAAUUUCUAAACCCUUAUAAAAUAAUUUGGUACUUUUUAAAAUUAAAAUAGUACGCGUCAUGCAUCCCGAUUUGUCACCUCAUUUGCACACCAAUGAAUGCAAUACCUUCACUUUCGAAUAUAAAGAUUGUACCGAAAAACACAGAUUUUUAAAAUUUCUUGGAAGGUGUGAUGAUGCCUACAAUCGAAUGGUUCACUGCUUUCAUUUAGAGCGAUUAGCUAAGCGCCAAAAAAAUUAUGAAAAAUCAAUGAAACACCAAGAAUUAGUAAGACAAAAGAUAUUGAUCGAGAUGAGGGAAGAAAAAAAACAAGAACUAGAAAUGUAACUAAUUUGUAUUUGUUUUGUACAUAGAUUUUAGGUAUAAAUAUUGAUGAAUAAUUAAUGCAACACAAUUGUUUUUAA